UGAAGAUAUGGAGCAUCGGCAAGAACUCUGGUGGGCGCGACAGCAUGAGGAUGCUGUGAUGGCUUCUAAUUUGGGGUCCUGGUUGGAGGGCGGCGCAUGCCCAGGUGCCGCCAUUGCGGUUUCGGAACUUGGAGUUGAUGGCGCUCGGCCGAAUGGCACGUCCACUUCGGGUUCCAGCGCGUGCCUGCAUUCAGGCGCGAUGCCGCCGGUGACUUUUGGGUCAGUCCAUCCCGUUGGGCGCGCAGGGGAUCACAUGCAUGGCGCAGCGCAGGCUGCGACACGGCAGUUUGGAGAAGCGGCUCAACCGGACCUCCAUCAGCAGGCUCUUGCCACGUCUUCAUCUGGCGAGGACACCUCCGUUGCUUUCCUGGCCGAGUUGCUCCGGACCGCGCGCGAGGCUGGCUCCCUGUGGGGCUCGGUGGCAUCCGCGGCGUCAGCUAUCCACCUUGCGGCACCAGACGUCGUGCACUUGAGGGAGGCUCUCACGGCGAACGGCCAGCUCACUUGGGUGGCGGAUUAUGGAGUGCCUGUUCAGGUGCCCCAGUCGCUGUUUCCCCGACCUUUGUCAUUGGAGCCGUCCGGGCACGACCUCGUCAAGAUGCUCCGUUUCCUUGGUUCCGUGGACCGUCCCAGGGUGCCCCUCGACGCCGUGCAGACUUUCUUGGGCCACUGCUGGCAUUGGACGGCGCAGGACUUCCACGAUAUCUUCGGGGAGAUGCUGCGUGCGGGGUCAGUGCACCUCGUGGCCGGGUUUGUCCAGCCAGGCCCAGUCCGCGGCGUCUGGCUUGAUGACCCUCUUGCGCAUUGCAUGGGGGACGCGCUUGCAGAGAAGCGCUUCGGCAAUUUAUGAUUUCUUUUUGUUUUGCAUGUGCACCCCAGGCGGCGCGCCUUUUAGCACUGCCUUGCACGCCGAGCGCUUGCGCAAGCCUUGGCCGCUGAUCACAGUGGUCAGGGAGCC